AUGUUCGCCCUUUCCGAAGAGUCCAAGGAGCGCAUCGGCAAGAUCAUUGAGGUCUCGCGCGUCGCCCUUCACUAUGGCUAUCUGCCUUUGAUCCUCUACCUUGGCUACACUCGCAGCGACCCCCGCCCUUCGGUCAUCCGCCUCCUGUCCCCCCUCUCUUAG